AUGCCUAAACACAAUCGCGGUUUCAGUUUCGGGAGCAAAUCUUCUAAGUCGCAUCGCUCCAGCACUUCCGCCAACAGAGUCGCUCUUACGGAAAGUGCUGAGGAAAAGCAGAGGCGGAAUUUGCAGACCAAAGCUGAUCCGACGCUGGCCAUGAGUGAAUUGCAGCCAAUGGCGGUCGCGCUUGAAAAAUCCAAUCUGGGCAGUUUGCGCGACAUGGCGCACAAGGAUCAGUAUGGGAAUGUCAUCACUGAUCCCGACCUCUCCAAUCCCACUCGUCCCCGUCUUGAGCGUCCUCUGGAUACUAUUCGCUCUUUCGAAGUCGCCAUCGAUGGAACCUACGCCAGCAACAACGCCAACGCCAGUCGUCCCGCCUCGUUUGUGAGAAAUGACGAGCCAUCGCCAGGUGAUUUCAGCCGUCGCACGAGUUACUUCGGAGCAAACGCACACCCCUCCCGUCGCGGCAGCUACAACGACUACAACCAACCCAACAACCACUACCCCUACCACCAGAACACCCACCCCCCUCGCCCACGCCAUCCCCGCAUGACCUCUAACCAGCCCUACGGCACCCCGCGCAACGCCUACGCACAGAACGGCCGCCAAAACAGCUACCAGAACGGAUACCAGAACGGGUCGUACGAUAACAUCACGGCGAUGUCGGGCUCAGGAUCCGGGUCAGGAAGCCACUCUGAACCGUACAACGGCACCGACCCCAGCUCUGUGAACAGUUCUAUCGACCAGCUCCAGCAGCAGCAACAAAUGCAGCCACAGCAGGGCAAGGGAUACGGACCGGGGUAUGACCAGCCAAUCGCACAACCAAUGGCACCGCCUGCUCCGCGACACGUUUUUGGAUUGGCGCCAGCGUCAGAUCCCAGCGCUGGGGGACCGGUUGGUGGUCAGCAAGCGGCGGCUAUGGGUAACCGGCGGCAUUUGCGCAAAGCGACGAAUGACUCCGAAGCUAGUGCGGGCAGCGGUAAGCGCAAGAGCUGGUUUAAGCGGAAGUUCAGCAAGUCUUGA